AUGUUUGCCUCGGCAGAUGAGAGGACGAACGCCAUACACGUGCAGAGGGAAGACGAAGGCGAUGAAAGGGCACAGGCAGAGCAUCGCGCAAAGCUCGCUGCGGCAAAGAUGCUCGGCACGCUGAACGUCAACGAGUCGCACAAAAUCAGGCUGGACAAGAGCCUCUACGGCGCCGCCCUGCUGCUGCCGCAGCUGGCUCGAUCAGCCGGAUACCCGAAGAAUAUCGUGAUCCUCUGCAUUCGCAGCUAUAUAUUCUUGAUAGUAAACUACCUUUGCCAAGGGCUUGUCCUUUAUAUGAUUGCGAAGGAGGAGUUGAUUUGGGACGCCUUCGCCGGGCAGAUGUUCCUUUGCGACUUCGGACGGAAUUCGGGGGAGUGUCCCAACGGCCCGGACUGCGUGGGUCCAGGAGGGACUACCUACACACCUUCCAGAGUCUAUAGCUGGAACGUGUGGUCCACGCGGAUUUAUGUGCGGGACGCCCUGCUGGCGCUCUUCCCCGAGAGGUCCGACGACAUCCAUGGGCUCGUGGACCCCGGCGAGUACGGCCUCGAGAGCUAUUGGUGUAGGUGGCUUUGCUGCGCCCUUUUCACCGCCACGCUGCUGGGGGACUUGAUGGGGAGUGUCAACAUUUUGCGGAUCUUCUGGGACAUCCCGAACAAGGCUGAGAGCUGGCUGGACUAUGAGGUUCCAGAUUGGGCGGAGAAGGAGCAUGCCAAGGCCAUCCACGGCUGGUCCGAGGUGGAUCUCUGCAAGCUCCGUGUUGCGGGCAUGCCGUUGCACUGGAAGAUCAUCAACAUCUUCGUGAUCGUGAUCCCAAAGUUCAUGCUGUGGUCUCUGACCGCGCAGUCCGGAAUCACCUUCCUGAUGGAAACCUCGGCCAUUGACGACAUGGUGGUAAACUCCGUGGCUUUGGCCUUCAUCCUCCAGAUCGACGAGCUGUUGUGCAGCGAACUGAUGUCUGAGACCUCCAAGCAGAUCCUGGAAAUGCUGGAGGACUACGAGCUCUCAGGAUUCGAGGAGGCCAACGCGGUGGAGAGGAUGAGGGAGGAUGAGCUGCUGCAGGAGUAUCAGUCGAACUUGGCGAGCGAGUGGUCAUGGCGGGAGAUGGCGUCUUUUGUCCCCUACAAGCUCAUCCUGGUCCUUGUGUUCACCUUCGGCUUUGUCGAGCUGUACUACAGCGUACACUGCGUGCGCAGCGAGGAUGGGGGAUAUGUCUCCAGAGAAAUGCACCUUCCGCUGAGUACACGAUUCAGCUUCUGGGCCUUCUUCGGUUUCUUCUUCCCGAUGGCCAAGGAGGACGAGCCCUUCUGGGUGAUGCCCCACGCACAAUCCAAUUAG